AGGACAGUCAGAAGGAGUUCCAGGUGAAAGUGAAGACAACUGAGACUGGGACAGUUUUUAAAGUUCAGACCGAAGGCUGAAGUGGACAGUAUGAGUCACAGACUGGAUGAACAGGAUGGAGCAGACUCAUCUCUGAAGGAUCCUUCAGGGGGCAGUCAUGGACCUGGACCCUCUGGUCUACAAUCAGAGUCUGCAGCGUCCGUCUGUCUGUCCAUGAAGAGUGACUGGUCCAAUGGCAGAUCCAUAAACUUCAGAAAGGAAACCAGACCUUCACACAUGAGGCGGAGGAAGAGGAGUCUUGGCCCUGAACUGGACCCACAGUCCUGUUGUGUGUGUCAGAAGGUCCUGAGUGAUCCAGUCCAGACCAGCUGUGGACACUGGUUCUGCAGACAGUGCAUCACUUCAUACUGGGACCAGUCUGGUCCAUCAGGAGAGUCCACCUGUCCCCAGUGUGGAAAGAGAUCCAGAACCACAACUGGACCACAUAUGGACAGCACUGCACAAAAUGAACAUAAAUGGAGUCUGAGGAGCAGAUGUGAAUGUGUGACUGAAGGAACCGAUGAAACAGGAAGUAGAACCCGUCUGAACCGGAUCUUCACUGAGCUCUACAUCACAGAGGGACAGAGUGAAGACGUUAAUACCCAACAUGAAGUGAGGACGCUGGAGACACACACCAAGAAGAUCAUCCAAGACACUCCCAUCAGGUGUCAGGACAUCUUCAAAGCCCUACCCGACCAACAUGAACCCAUCAGAGUUGUUCUGACCAACGGCGUUGCUGGAGUUGGAAAAACCUUCUCGGUGCUGAAGUUCACUCUGGACUGGGCCGAGGGUUUAGAAAACCAGGACGUCAGUCUGGUGGUUCUGCUGUCCUUCAGAGAGCUGAACCUGGUCACAGAUGAGCAGUACAGUCUGCUGACGCUGCUCCAUGUUUUCCAUCCAACAUUACAGAAGGUCACAGCCGAGCAGAUCAACGUCUGCAAACUUCUGUUCAUCUUCGACGGCCUGGAUGAAAGCAGACUGUCACUGGACUUCCACGACUGUGAGGUGGUUUCAGACGUCACCCAGAAGAAACCAGUCAACGUCCUGUUGACCAACCUCAUCAAGGGGAACCUGCUUCCAUCAGCUCUCAUCUGGAUAACAUCUAGACCUGCAGCAACCAAUCAGAUCCCUCCUUCAUGUGUCGACAGGGUAACAGAAGUCCGAGGCUUCACCACUGACGACCAGAAGGAGGAGUACUUCAAGAAGAGAUCCACUGAUGAAGAUCUGUCCAACAGAAUCAUCCGACACAUCAAGACAUCCAAAACGCUCCACAUCAUGUGUCGAAUCCCAGUCUUCUGCUGGAUCAGUUCUACAGUUCUGGAGCACAUGUUGACUUCAAACCAGAGAAGAGAGCUGCCCAAGACCCUGACGGACCUGUACUCACACUUCAUCACAGUCCAGACAAAGAGGAAGAAGAACAAGUAUGAAAAAGGACAUGAGGUAGAGCUGACCGAGGCUGACACGGAGGUUCUUCUGAAGUUGGGGAGGUUGGCGUUUGAACAUCUGGAGAAAGGAAAGAUUAUGUUCUACCAAGAAGAUCUGGAGCAGUGUGGUCUGGACGUCACACAGGCCUUGGUUUACUCAGGAAUCUGUACAGAGAUCCUCAGAAAAGAGAGUGUGAUCUUCCAGAAAACCAUCUACAGCUUUGUUCAUCUGAGCAUUCAGGAGUUUCUGGCUGCAGUCUACAUCUACCACUGUUACACCAGCAACAACACAGAAGUUCUGGAGAGGUUUCUGGAGGACUGGGACCAUAAUUCAACACUCGAUGAGUUCCUGAGAAAAACCAUGGAAAAAUCCCUCAAAAGUAAAAACGGUCACCUGGAUCUGUUUGUCCGGUUCCUUCAUGGCCUCUGUCGGAAGUCCAACCAGAAAGUUUUAGGAGGUCUGCUGGGUCCAACAGAGAUCAGUCCAGAGACAAAAAAAACCAUCACCAACAACCUGAAGGAGAUGAACACUGGUUACAUCUCUCCUGAUAGAAGUGUCAAUAUCUUCUACUGUCUGAUGGAGAUGAACACCCCCUCAUUCUGUCAGGAGAUCCAAGAGGUCCUGCAGUCAGAGAACAGAUCAAAGAAGAAACUCUCUGAGAUCCAGUGUUCAGCUGCGGCCUACUUAUGGCAGAUGUCAGAGAAGGUUCUGAAUGGGAUGGACCUGGAGAAGUUCAACACAUCAUAUGAGGGACGACAGAGACUGAUCCCACUUGUGAGGAACUGUAGAAAGGCUCGACUCUCCGCCUGUCCGCUCUCAAAACCUCAGUGUGAAUUUGUGACGUCUGUUCUGAAGUCCAGUCCAUCCCAUCUCACUGAACUGGAUCUGAGACUGGACUGUACGUCAAAGGAUUCAGGAGUGGAGAUUCUAUCAUCUGGACUGAAGAGUCCAAACUGUAGACUGAAGGCUCUCAGAUUGAGAGACUGCAGGUUUUCAGAGAGCAGCUGUUCUUCUCUGGUCUCAGCUCUGAAGUCCAACCCCCUUCAUCUCAGACAACUGGACCUCAGUGAGACCAACCUGAUGGAUUCAGGAAUGAAGAUCCUUUGUUCUGGACUGAAGAGUCCGAAGUGUGGUCUGCAGAUGCUGAGAUUGGACGGCUGUGGGUUGUCGGAGAUCAGCUGUUCUUAUCUGGUCUCAGCUCUCAAGUCCAACCCCCUUCAUCUCGAAGGACUGGACCUCAGUAAUAAUGACCUGAAGGAUUCAGGAGUGAAGAUUCUGUCAUGUCAACUGAGGAUUGGAAACUGCAGACUGAAGAAUCUGUGGUUGAAUUCCUGUGGGUUGUCGGAGAUCAGCUGUUCAUAUGUGGUCUCAGCUCUCAAGUCCAACCCCCUUCAUCUCGAAGGACUGGACCUCAGUAAUAAUGACCUGAAGGAUUCAGGAGUGAAGAUUCUGUCAUAUCAGCUGAGGAUUGGAAACUGCAGACUGAAGAAUCUGUGGUUGAGUUCCUGCAGGUUGUCAAAGCUCAGCUGUUCUUAUCUGGUCUCAGCUCUGAGGUCCAAUCCCUCAUAUCUCACAGAACUGGUUUUGACUCAAAAUGACCUGAAGGAUUCAGAUGUGAAGGAGCUGAAAGAUCUGGUGCAGAGUCCAGGUUAUGCUCUGCAGACUCUGAUAUGUUGGUAGGUCUGACCUCUGUACCUGUCUCAGUGAUCUGGACUGUGUGAAGACCAGCUGGAUCCUGAUGAGCCUCAGGUUCACCCACGUCCUGGUCCUCUGGAGCCCCACAGAGUCUCAUCAGUGGAUCUACACUGGAUUUGUUUUACACCAACCUGGAAGAUGACGUCAGUCUGCAGAUUCACACAGUUCAACUGUUUUUAUGUCCACUCUGGCAGCUGAACUGACUGUGGAAAUAAGGAAACAAGAAGGAAGAACCACAGGGCAGGGAAACACUGGUGACCUGUGGUUCUCCUAACUGGACCUUCUUCAAAGCCAAACCAAGAACCUGGAGGCAGAAAAAGGAAAAGGCCUCAUCAUUCCUUAGACGGCUUAAGUCUAUGAGAAACUUUAAAGGAUUUUCAACCAACACAUUAUCCCAGUAAACUUCAAACCCACCAGCACCCCAAAGAUAAACUGUCCAGUAUGUGCUGAUCCAUACAUGUGUACAACCCCCCCAUGAAGAGAACCUGCACCUCAGGCUCUGCAGUCUGACUGCAGAUGAACGAAGAGGAUACUACCAUACUUUCCAGGCUAUAGAGUGCACCUGAGCCCCAGAGCUGCAGGUGUAAACGUAACAUUUUUUAUUUUCACAGACAGAUGGUAAACAGACAGAUUAUUUACAUAUUUAUUUCCAUCCCUUCACUGCUUUUUUUCAAAUUGCCUGUAACACGGCAGUAAAACGGCAAUAACAGGCUGGUUCCCAAACCCAGAAAAGUCAUUGAUCUCUAUCUUCAUCUUCCUUCUGCUCAUUGAAACCACUGCAGUCGUCGUCUUCUUCAGUAUCGGAGUUGAACAGCCUUAGAAAGGCACUGUCACACACUUUCUACGUCUCUCUUCCGUUGUCUCUCAUUGUCUCUUACGUGCUGCAGCUCCAUUUCCUUCUUUACAGACACAUCGACUGGUUUGAACUUCAAAGCUGCAUCUUAGGCAUUUCUUUGUAUGUUUUCCAUGAUGAGGGUUUGUGCUUCAUCACCUCUUCCACCUGUCUGUCUGGCUUUUACGCUUCCUGCCAGAGCACCCCCUGGAGGCUGUUAGCCUGUAAAAAUCUAUACUUGAGCUGCAUCGUUGUAUAAGCCGCAGGGUUCGAAGCAUGAGAAAAAAGUAGCAGCUUAUAGUCUGGAAAAUACAGUACAUUGAAGACACAAAUGUCCGAAUAUUGGCCAGAGAAGACAAGUGAUUUGAGAGAGAAGUCCAAGAAGCAUCUUUGGAAAAGUGGAAACACCUUCCCUGGACCGAGGUAGUGGUCUGAGACGCUACACCCCCCCAAACAACCUUUGACCCCUGGGCUCACCAGAGAGUAACCAUCACCCCUAGAGGACUUGGGGUGUUUCUCAAUAUUAAAUUCACUGAUUUCAGACUUGUGAGCUCUGUGAGUUCAGUCUAGGUAAGAAUGGCCCCAGAUAAUGGACUUCUAAGAACACUAGUCUCUGUGAUUCAAACGGUUGUUUGUGAACUUUCCUCGUGGUUCUGCUGGAUUUAAACCAUCGCCUCCCUGAUGUCAUUCUUAAUAGGUUAGUUAUAAAAGGUUUGCUUUGAUGUUAACAUUUGGGCUUUGACAAAAGGUUGAACUGUCAAUGGAUUUUUAUAAUUUUUAGUUUGUUUUUCAGGAGAUCAUUUAUCUAUUCCAAAAUAUAUACCGAUCAAAGUACUUCCUUCAAGAAAAAAAUAUGCCAUUGUGGAUCCUUUCCUCUGCAGUUUGCAUAGAAGUUGCCAUUGAUUUCAAGUGGCUCAGUUGGUAGAGUGGGUUGUCCAAUGACCAAAGGGUUGGUGGUUCAAAUCCUGGCUCCAAGUAUCUACAUGUCAAAAUGUUCAUGGACAAAUUUACCAUUUAAGAACAGGGUUAUCAAUGCGAUAUCAUAAUUGAUUUCCUUAAAUAUUUCUUAAAGCAUAUCUCUGAUGUGUUAUUUCCAAGAACAUGUGAACAUUGGUUCUGCAGUUUAAACCCUCUGUACCUGAUGUAAAACUGAACUGUAGAUGAGACACAUAUAGACAAAUGAAAAUGUUGGUUUGGACCAGUAUUAGUAUUAGACGAGUAUGUAUAUAUUUCUAAUUUUAUGAAUGCUGGUAUUUUACUUCUUACUCAGGGACAACAGUUGAAAAAUAGCUUUUUUACUAAUGAUGGCACAUUUACAGAAAAGUUCAUUAAUGUUUACUGUCCCUGCUAAAUAAACCAAUUAAUUAAUUUAAAAAAAAUAUAUUAGUAUGAACUGCAGCAUUGGUUCCAAAAUAGUAAAUGAAAUGCUCAGGGAAGGUACUUUGAUUAAACAGAAUUUUAUAAAUAAAAAUACAAAUUUGGUAGAUAUUAAUAUCAACUAGAAGCACUCGGAGAGCGCAGACCUCCGCCAAGGCUGAUCAGUGGCCCCCCCCAUGGGCCCCCCCACCCCCGAUCA